AUGCGGGUACUACGAAAGUGUUUCAGUCGAGAGGGUGUUCCUCAAGUGUUGGUAACUGACAAUGGAUCGCAAUUCUGCGCGGUGGAGUUGAAAACGUGGCUGGACAGUAUUGGCUGCCGAUAUCUGUGCAAAGCACCACGUCACCCCUGCUCGAACGAGGCAGCAGAAAUUUUGUUAAAAACGGUGAAGAGUGUCAUUUCCUCUUCAAAUCCAAGGACAAUUGUAGAGUUGGAGAUACUCCUAGACAACUUCCUACUGCAAUACCGGAAUGCCGCACAUGCUACCAUCAAGGAGAGUCCGGCAAAACUGUUUAUAGCCAGAAGCUUACGGUCCUCACUACGAUACGUGGACUCGAGUGACGUAUACGUCCGAGGAAAUAACUAUUCACAACAGGGAUGA